AGAAUUUAUUUGUAUUUGGAGAGAAGAAGAAAUAAAGCUUAUAGUUAUAGUGAGAAGAGAAGGAAGAUUAGUUGCUAAUAAUUAAGACAGAAACAUACGUGGCAGCUUAGGGUUCACCCCAAGUCCUAAAAACGCCCCCUCCCUACCCUUCCCCCAUUUCCCCCCCAACCCAAACGCUGCCAACAACAACACUCUCUCUACAAAAUUGAUGGUCCCACCGACGAGCGGGUGUCGGAAUCGGAGGCCAUGAACGGCGGCGCCACCACCGCCACCUUCCGAUCCAUCCUCGACAAGCCCCUCAACCAGCUUACCGAGGAUGACAUUUCUCAGCUCACUCGCGAAGACUGUCGCAGAUUCCUCAAAGAAAAAGGGAUGCGUAGGCCUUCCUGGAACAAAUCGCAGGCGAUCCAACAGGUCAUUUCCCUGAAAGCGCUGCUGGAACCUUCCGACGAUGAUACUCCUCCUCCUCCUCCUCCCGCCAUGCACCACCGUAGCCAUGCUCAACCUCAACCUCAAGUGAAUUUGAGUGAACCUCCUCCUCCUCCGCCCAAGGCUCCGCCACCUGAAGAACCCGCUUUUCAUGCUGCUGAAGACAUUCAGAAAUCUGCGUCGUCUGGGGAAAAGCCUACGGAAACUAAUGACACCAACACCAACGUUGCUAGCCCCAAAGGGUGUGCAACUAGUGGAUCAUUUGGGCAAAUGACAAUUUUCUAUUGUGGUAAGGUGAAUGUCUAUGACAGAGUCUCGCCUGAUAAGGCACGAGCAAUCAUGCAGCUUGCAACGAGUCCAGUCCAGCUUACUCAGGAUGAUCCUUUAAAUGGAAAUGCAGCUGUUUGGACUUCUCCUUGCCACUUACCGAUGGAUAAGGAUGUCCUCGUUCCUGUUGAUACUACAAUCCUUCAGGUUGCUCAAGCAGAUAAGAUGGUGGAGUAUCCUCUGCAAUAUAGGGAGAAAGGGAGCAUAGCUCGUGAUGCUGAUGUAGAGGGUCAGGAACACCGAAAAGUGUCAUUGCAACGAUAUCUUGAAAAGCGUAAGGACAGGGGAAGAUUGAAAGGCAAGAAAUUGACUGGGAUAACUUCAUCUAACUUCGAGAUGUAUUUGAACCUUCCAGUGAAGGUCCAUUCCUCAAAUGGGAAUUCAAGCCGUAGCAGUACUAGCUCUCCACCACAACCUAGACUGCCUCUAGUUUCCAGUGGUUCAGAUCAGCUAAAGGUUGCCCUUCCCAUUGAUCUCAAUGACAAAGUGUCUUUGCAGAUGUUCAAGAAUGCUAAAAUUCAAACUAGAUAGAUUAUGCAGAGUUGGGACUCGUAGAUGAUUGAAGAGAGAUGACGAAAGUAUUAUAACUGAAGAGACCAUAGCGUCUAGCAGCCUACUGCAAGAAUUGGAUUGCUCUUAGACUGGUCAAUUUUAGUAUAUUUAACUGUUUGGGCAAAUUUCUUUUGUUUAGGAUAGUGGAGUGUCCUGCCUACCUGAUCAAUUUUGUAAUCUAAUUUCAUCCUUCGGGAAUAUCUUGUUACUGAAGUUUUAAGGUUUUAUGAGUUGAAAUGUAGAGCCAGGAGCAGCUAUUUUCCCAGGAAUAUAUGAUAUGUAAAUUCAUCGUGCUGCCUCUUGUUAAAUGUUAAUAGCUUUUGUGCAAGCCAAACUAUUCUCUUACUCUUCUUAUAUCUUAUGUUUGUUCACUCUA